AUGGAUCUUCCAACAGCGAGUGAGGCGCCGAAGACGAGCCGUGGACUGGCGCUCGCAGAGCAAAAGGAGGAUCCAGGAGGACCCAACCAGGCUGCAUUUCUUGUGUCGAGCACUUGGGAGGAGUUUCUCGGUCUCUCCCUUCUGAGAAGUACCACUUCUAGUAAGGGGGCGAAAGCCGAAGACGAAACCGAGAAGCCAAGUGCGAAGAAAGUGGCGAGAGUUGCGUUCCGGAUUCGUAGCGCAGACACCGCAAAUAUGAUGGGUAAAACCGAGUUGGUGUUCGUGGACCGAACCUUCGGCGACUGUGGGGACUACUAUACGGGGGCGUCGGAUUUCUUCUACCGCGCUCUCUUCGGGGUCGGACAAGAGUGGGAACUAAAAGCCAAGGCCACGGUCGAGGUCGAGGUAAGCAGAUCUAGUCGUCGUUUUCUCCACUUCGCCUUUCUAAAUCUUACUUUGCCUCGCUCUUUUUGAUCUUGUCUCGAUGCGAAAUUAUUGCUUGUCUAGAAUAUCGGUACAACUACAAUGUUCCGGACUUUUCCAGGUUUACGUGGAAACGACUGAAGCCUUGGCAGAACUAGCGCGGCUUUAUGAAAAAAGAGGAACCAUGGGUGGCAAUGUGCCGCCGAGUGCGAUUGACUCCGAGACUCUCGAGCUGAUCGAUCGCGUCAGCCAUUCUGGCAGGUAACUUGCAACUUUUACUUUAUACGAGGCCUUUUCAAUCUUUUAAUAUUUUUGUCGGAACGUUGAAGAGUGAAAUAGAACUGCAAGUCCACAGAGAACUUCUUCAUACCUUAAUAUACUCUUUUGUUUCACAAAAUGUUCUCUUUCAACACAGCUCGGAAAAAGAAACCUAUAUGGACGCGUAUGUGCGUGCCACCAAGGGCGCGUUGGCGGGAGGUGUAUUGGCCGCUCGAUUUCGCAUAGCAUUUAAGGGCCGCGUACCGUUUCCCGCGACGUCUGCCGUUAGAGUCGAGUUCCACGAAAUUCGUCUACUAGGUGGAGCCAACAUUAAGGCACGCAGGUUAUCAAGAAUGUCGCCGGGAUACUAAAGAUUGAAGAUCAAUUAUAGGGCUAGGAUCCUGGUUUGGGUUUCGGUCGCUCUAGAGUUGGACUAGUUACACAAGCUGCUCAAUAUUCCGAGCUGUGUACAGCUGCCUCGAAAGAACGCGAACCGCAUGAGCAUCUCCUUUAAUGAUAGUUGUCUUGUUCCUGGACCCGGCGCCAGCGCGUCCUCGCAAGCGUGCACGGGACGGGGAGCGCGGCGUUUGCUUUUUACCUUUCUUGUGCAGAUCCAUCGUGUCCUGUCUCUGCAACUUUUAGCGUUUGCCAAACAUCGUCUGGCAUUAGCCGAGGGUCUUCAACAGAAUUUUGGCAGCGGUGCGGUGGAACAAGAGAACGUACUACACAAGUCUACUGACUCUUGUGUCAUUGGUAGUGGUGCUCGCGGACACGAUGCCAAUGCUGAGCAGUACAGUGUAGCUAGCUGGCCUAGACCACAGCAUACAGGAUCUGUUGUCGUAGGAAGCGAAAAAAUUACCGGAGCUGGGCAAGGUUGUGCUGCAAAGACAGGAGACGUUGGUAGUACAACUUCAUCUGGGCUAGAACAACAGGACAUUGACAAUAAGGUUGCUCCAAGAAAGCGUGCGACACCAGGCGGGUUUUCACCAACCCAUAAUAUGGAUGCCUUCGUUGCGCAAACGUAUGUAAGUGACGAUGAGCAAAGACGGAAAUGUGGUGACAGCAGCGCAAGUCUGCAACGUAGAUCCGCAUCGGCGUGCGGCCAAUCGGCAACGCUAGCUUAUGCCACCCGGAAAAAGAUGCAUUGGGCGACGCAGUCCAGGCCAGUGGUCAACUGGGCUCCUUCGGGAGGAAUGCAGACGGCGCCAGGAACUCCUUGGGUUGCCGGCGACACAGGUGGUAGUAGCGAUCGCGGCAGCAGUUGGGGGAUUGAGACGGCUCCUCGAGGCGAUAUGUGCGCGCCUGGGUGGAACAGUAAUCUACACAGCUCGUCGCGGAAGAAUAUAGCAACACCAGCUAGCCCACAUACUGGCAGCCCGAGGAUAGGACCACCCCGGAGUUCGAGAAUGAGCAUGAUCCCAGGCCUGUCGUCGCUUAUGUGCUGCAUGAGCAGGAGUCAAAGUGAGACAGGGCCACUACCAAUCGCAAUGCUGCGCGUGUAAUCCGAAAUAGUCGUGAAGAGUAUCGUACCUGUGGUGUUCCCAUCGGUUAUUAUUUUUCCAUCGUGUUAUAGCUAGAAAUAACCGGGCAGUUUUCCUUCCACUUUAAUCCCUCCAAUCAACAGAUUGUAGGUAAAAUCCUAGUUUCUGUUUCAUUUUCGCAUAGAGGUACAAGAUCAUAUUCGACAUUAUGAGAAAGCCCGAUUCUGGCCAUAGAUACAAAGCCCGAUUCUGGCCAUAGAUACACGGUAGACCUGGUCAGGCUUUGCACACCGCACGUAUCGAAGUGCCAUUAGAUUUUACCUUCAAUAUAUCGUCGAGGAUUUUUACUGAGAAUACCCAUAUGAAAAUAUGCGUCAUCGGUUCUUUACCACGCUUCUGUCCCUCUUGCACGAUUCUUUUUCUACGAGGUUUUAAGGUCCAUGCUCGAAGGAUUUUGUUUCGUUUUCGUGUCCAUAAGCUUCUUGACGUUUUUCUUCUCUUAUCACCGCAAUCCGUUGCAACUCUUAUUUGCAUCCUCAGUGCUGAAGCGAAUGCAUCUGACGGGGACUGACCUCGAUUAAUUCACUAGUAUUUGGAGGUACCUACGGGUAGUAACGAGCGCAAUCAUACCAUUAUGAAUAUUUUCCCCACGACGAGAAGCUACUUACGACUGAGUGC